GGCCGUGAAUUUGACGAUUUACCACCAGAGCAGCAGUCUGAAGCUUGCCGACAUGCUAAGUUGUUCGCUCGAGUAGAGCCGGCACAUAAAUCCAAAAUUGUCGACAUUUUGCAGAGCCAUGGAGAGAUCACUGCCAUGACUGGUGAUGGUGUGAAUGACGCCCCUGCCCUGAAAAAAGCCGAAAUUGGAAUUGCUAUGGGAUCAGGAACUGCUGUAGCCAAAUCUGCAUCAGAAAUGGUCUUGGCUGACGAUAACUUCGCUUCCAUUGUCGCUGCUGUAGAAGAAGGUCGCGCUAUCUACAACAACAUGAAGCAGUUCAUCCGAUACCUGAUCUCGUCCAACGUCGGAGAAGUUGUGUCCAUCUUCCUGGUAGCAGCUAUCGGCAUCCCGGAGGCUCUGAUUCCCGUGCAACUAUUGUGGGUGAACUUGGUCACUGAUGGUCUGCCAGCUACUGCUUUGGGCUUCAACCCACCUGACCUGGACAUCAUGGAACGACAUCCACGAUCGGCUAGCGAGAGUUUGAUUUCGAAAUGGCUAUUCUUCCGGUAUUUGGCUGUUGGAACCUAUGUCGGAGUUGCUACGGUUGGAGCAGCUAUGUGGUGGUUCCUUUUGUACGAGGAUGGACCACAGAUUACCUACUACCAGCUUACCCACUGGAUGAGAUGCGAGAUUGAACCCGAAAACUUCACCGACUUGGAUUGCGCUGUGUUUGAGGACAAUCAUCCCAAUGCUAUGGCCUUGUCUGUACUGGUAACCAUCGAGAUGUUGAACGCAUUGAACUCGUUGUCUGAAAACCAAUCGUUGUUCGUGAUGCCACCAUGGGAGAAUAUGUGGUUGUGCUCGGCCAUUGCGCUAUCAAUGUCUCUCCACUUUGUUAUCCUAUACGUUGACAUCAUGUCUACGAUCUUCCAGAUCACGCCGCUAAGUGUGGUCGAGUGGAUAGCUGUAUUGAAGAUCUCGUUCCCUGUGAUUCUCCUCGACGAAGUACUCAAAUUCAUCGCGCGCAACUACAUCGACGGUAAGCUGGAAACCCGUGCAGCAAACAUACGAGCUGCCAUCACACUAGCUGGCCUUUUCGGUCUUUGCUUUGCCUACUUUGGCUGGAUGUUAGGGCCAUAUGCAACAAGCAUUGAUCGAGUGUUCAAUAGCGUCUCACCAGGCAGGGGCGGUGUUCAUCAAGCUCCCGAUCUCGAUCGGGCGCCCAUCACCUGA